AUGACCGGGCGGGCCAGAGCCAGGGCGCGAGGCCGCGCGCGGGGCCAGGAGCCGGCGCAGCACGUGGGCGCCGCCGCGGGCCUGCAGAGCCAGCCCCCGGGCGCCCCGCCGCGCCCCGCGCAGCCGCCGGCGGAGGGGGAGCUGGUCGGCCGAGGGCGGCAGCGCGGCCCCGCGGGAGCCGCAGCCAAGGCGCCAGACCUCCAGAUAUCUGCUGGGUUCCAGGAGUUAUCAUUAGGAGAGCGAGGAGGUCGUCGAAGAGACUUCCAUGAUCUUGGUGUGAACACCAGACAGAACCUAGACCAUGUCAAAGAAUCAAAAACAGGUUCUUCGGGCAUCAUAGUGAGGCUAAGCACUAACCACUUUCGCCUGACAUCCCGCCCCCAGUGGGCCCUGUACCAGUACCACAUUGACUACAACCCGCUGAUGGAAGCCAGGAGACUCCGCUCGGCCCUUCUUUUUCAACAUGAAGAUCUGAUUGGAAGGUGUCACGCUUUUGAUGGGACGAUCCUAUUUUUGCCUAAAAGGCUACAGCACAAGGUCACCGAAGUUUUCAGUCAGACCCGAAACGGAGAGCACGUGCGGAUAACCAUCACCCUGACGAACGAGCUCCCGCCCACGUCGCCGACCUGUCUGCAGUUCUACAACAUUAUUUUCAGAAGGCUUCUGAAGAUCAUGAAUUUGCAACAAAUUGGACGGAAUUAUUACAACCCGAGUGACCCGAUUGAUAUUCCGAACCACAGGCUGGUGAUCUGGCCCGGCUUCACCACGUCCAUCCUGCAGUACGAGAACAACAUCAUGCUGUGCACGGACGUCAGCCACAAGGUCCUGCGCAGCGAGACCGUGCUGGACUUCAUGUUCAGCCUGUACCACCAGACGGAGGAGCACCGCUUCCAGGAGCAAGUCUCAAAGGAGCUGAUCGGCCUGAUCGUCCUGACCAAGUAUAACAAUAAAACAUACAGAGUGGAUGAUAUUGACUGGGAUCAGAAUCCAAAGAGCACCUUUAAGAAAGCAGAUGGCUCUGAAGUCAGCUUCCUGGAGUACUACAGGAAGCAAUACAACCAAGAGAUCACGGACUUGAAGCAGCCGGUGUUGGUCAGUCAGCCCAAGCGGAGGAGAGGCCCGGGUGGCACCUUGCCGGGCCCCGCCAUGCUCAUCCCCGAGCUCUGCUACCUCACAGGUCUCACUGAUAAAAUGCGUAAUGACUUUAAUGUGAUGAAAGACUUAGCUGUUCACACCAGGCUGACCCCAGAGCAGAGGCAGCGCGAGGUGGGAAGACUCAUCGACUACAUCCACAAAGACGACAACGUGCAGAGAGAGCUCCGAGACUGGGGAUUGAGCUUUGACUCCAACUUACUGUCUUUCUCGGGAAGAAUUUUGCAAGCAGAAAAGAUUCACCAAGGUGGAAAAACAUUUGAUUACAACCCACAGUUUGCAGAUUGGUCUAAGGAAACCAGAGGGGCACCGUUAAUUAGCGUUAAGCCGCUAGAUAACUGGCUGUUGAUCUAUACUCGAAGAAAUUAUGAAGCAGCCAAUUCAUUGAUACAAAAUCUAUUUAAAGUUACACCAGCCAUGGGCAUACAAAUGAAAAAAGCAAUCAUGAUCGAAGUGGAUGACAGGACCGAAGCCUAUUUGAGAGUCUUGCAGCAGAAAGUCACGUCGGACACCCAGAUCGUUGUCUGUCUGUUGUCGAGUAACCGGAAAGACAAAUACGACGCCAUUAAAAAGUACCUGUGCACGGACUGCCCCACCCCCAGCCAGUGCGUGGUGGCGCGGACCCUCGGCAAGCAGCAGACCGUCAUGGCCAUCGCCACGAAGAUCGCCCUGCAGAUGAACUGCAAGAUGGGCGGCGAGCUCUGGAGGGUCGACAUGCCUCUGAAGCUGGCCAUGAUCGUCGGCAUCGACUGCUACCACGACACCACCGCCGGGCGGAGGUCCAUUGCCGGGUUUGUGGCGAGCAUCAACGAGGGGAUGACCCGCUGGUUCUCGCGCUGCGUGUUCCAAGACCGCGGGCAGGAGCUGGUCGACGGGCUCAAGGUCUGCUUGCAAGCGGCCCUGCGGGCUUGGAACAGCUGCAACGAGUACAUGCCGAGCCGCAUCGUGGUGUACCGCGACGGCGUGGGCGACGGGCAGCUCAAGACCCUGGUCAACUACGAGGUGCCACAGUUCCUGGACUGCCUGAAGUCCGUCGGCAGAGGCUACAACCCCAGGCUGACGGUGAUCGUGGUGAAGAAACGCGUCAACGCCAGAUUCUUCGCGCAGUCCGGAGGGCGACUCCAGAACCCUCUGCCCGGGACGGUCAUUGACGUGGAGGUCACCAGGCCCGAGUGGUACGACUUCUUCAUCGUCAGCCAGGCCGUGCGCAGCGGCAGCGUGUCCCCCACGCACUACAACGUCAUCUACGACAGCAGCGGCCUGAAGCCGGACCACAUCCAGAGGCUCACCUACAAGCUGUGCCACGUCUACUACAACUGGCCGGGCGUGAUUCGCGUCCCCGCCCCCUGCCAGUACGCGCACAAGCUGGCCUUCCUCGUGGGCCAGAGCAUCCACCGGGAGCCCAACCUGUCGCUGUCCAACCGCCUGUACUACCUCUAGCCGCAGGAGCGGCGCGGCGCUUCUCCGGAGGCCCGGCUGGGACGGUUGUGAGCUGCUCUUGCCUCGGGCAGCCCUUGUCUCUCCCGCGAGGCUUCCCGGGGCCGGCCCGGGGCUCUGGCGCCUGCUGUCCGUUGCUGUUCACGGGCUUAGGGGUAAACAUUAAGGUUGUACAUUUUACCUUGUUGGCUUCUCGUAAGCAUGUUGAGAAUUUUUUGUUGAUUUUGGGGAAAACGUGGACGGGGACCUCACGUCGUCAGCAGACUCGGAGGGGCUGACCUCCAAGGACUCUCCGGGGUGAGCCGGUCCGCCACCCUUUGUUGACCUCACGUUUGAAAUGUUUCUGUUUUGAAUGUAAAGGCGGGAGGCGCCGCGGGAGGCCGGGCCCGGUGGGGUUUUGUUGGGGCCUGUGAUGGCGCGUUUUAAAGGGAAAAGCCGCCCGAGCCCGCCGUGGGGGGCGGGGGGGAGCGCG